UUUGAAUAUAAGAUAUGUAUAUAAUAAUAAUACUUCGUGUCAGUUAAUUGAUAUUUGUAAACAAUACAUGUACUUGUAUUUUAGUCGAAGUCAAACGAGAAUUCCCUUAUUUGUUCAUUUUCCAGUUCAUAGUUAUAAUUCAUCACAACGGUAUCUUCGUCAGUUAGAAAUAAUUUUUAAAAAAUUUUUCAUCGUAGUAUCGAAUGAUAAUUUUUUAAAUUAUCAUCUCCACUGAUUAGAAAUCUACUUUCAAUUUAUCUUUAUCUAGAGAGAUAAAUCUUUAUCGCAACAUGAACACCAAUGCCGAUGUAAAUGAUAUUCACUUAGCAUUUAGUAUGAUAAACGAAUUUGAAACUGUAUGGUUAACGAUAAGUAACGAGGAGCCUAAUCAAGUCAAUUAUCGUAUAAUAAAAUCAUACUUGGAGUAUGUAAAGAAACAAUUAGAUUUUAUCAUGAAACCUCAUGCUUUUGAUCCUGUCGAGUAUCCAGAUCUAAUAGAAAAAAGAAAUCACUUUAUGAGAAAAUGUAUUCCACUUAUGGCUAAAGCGGAAGUAUAUUUGGUUACACAUUAUGAUGUCGUAAAAUAUUCUAAAACGAAAUAAAAUAUACAACAUGGAAGAUAAAUUCUAUGUUAAAUGUAUAAAUUCUUGUUAUGUGAGUCAUUACGAGAAUCAUGUUUAUUUGCAUGAAAAAUAUUCAUAUAAUUUCGUAACAAAUUCUAUGUAAGUAUAUACUAAUCACCAUAAUAUUAUUAUAUUGCCAUUUCUUGUAAUAUAUAAACCAUAUUGUAUUAUAUAUAAUCCAUCUUAAAAAAAACUAAUGUUAUGAAUAUGAAAUUGUACAAAAUUUGAAAUAGCAAACUUUAUUUCGGGAUAUUAAAAUUUUUUUUCUUUUUUUAAAUCUUUUUAGAUUUUGAUUUAAAACCCAAAAAUGUUCUUAAGUGUUUAUUGGUUCAAAAGUAUGUGUUUCGCAUUUUUUAAAUGUUUUUUAUAUGAUAUUAUAUUGAUUUUAUAUAAUUCGA